CACAAGCGCCCUGAUUACUUCUCUUACUUUCCUCUCUUCUCUGAGUUUUGGGAUGUAGCGGUCGUGUGGUCACUGGCAAAUACCAUGCCACUUUAGAUCAAAUAGAUGUUCACAUGUUUAUUCUAAACAAUUUAAGUCGUGUCAUUGGCAGAGCGAGGUAUCGUAUUUUACAACCAUUGCUAGCGACCUAGCAAUGGCCUCCAAAUCCGAUCAUCUCCUCAUCGUUGUUUCCAUUCUCGAAGGUCGUCACUUUCCAAAGAUCCCUCGCCAGACCUUAACAGUGCAGGCAAAGUUUGAUGGAGAACAGCUGUUCACAGACCCUGUGGACCACCGGGAACAGCCACAGUUCUGCACUGAGUUGGCGUGGGAACUGGACCGCAGGACUCUGCACCAGCACAGACUUCAGCGGACUCCCAUCAAGCUGCAAUGUUUUGCUGUAGACUCCACUACGAGCCAAAGAGAGUGUGUCGGUUAUAUCAUUCUCGACCUACGAUCAAUAACAGAAGUAAAACAGCCCCCAAAGUGGUUCCCCUUGCUCAGCAGCAAGUACACCAAGCUGAAGCCAGAGCUGCUGUUGGCCAUGGUGCUGGAGAACGACGAGAAGCAAAACCCUGAGGCACCAAAGCCAAGAGAAGCACCACCAAGACAAGGGAAAAAUAGUUCUCUGGUAGCGAUGGGGAAGCUGCAGCUGGUCCUGAAUGAAGAGGAGGGCUACCAUCAGCUCGGCAACGCUGACAGCUGCACAGACAUGUUUGUCCUCUCCGUCACAGUAGCCUGUGCAUCCAAAUUAGAGCAGCUAAUAGGGCAGACAACUCGGCUGUCCACGGAGGGCACAGACUUCUUCUUCUACUACACCCUUUUUGGAAACGACAUCACAAGCGAGCCUUUCCAGAACGUGGUGACGCCCAGUUUCGAGCCGGAGAGGGCCUCCGUACGCAUCCGCAGUAACGAGAAGGUCCUGCGCACCUACCUCAGUCAACAGCCCAAUCUAGAGAUUCACUUGUGCUGUGGGAGCCACUCUCUGGGCAGUGCUGAGGUGUCUCUCUCCACUCUAGGCCUGACCAGUACCCCUCUGAGUACCCAUCAAGCCACCGUGGAGGGGGCCUUCGUCCUCCACCCCCAAGGCCAGUCCAAGCCUAAUCCCCCCUCUGUACCCACUGAUCUGCAGCCCACCGUGGGGGUUUCGGUCACACUUAGGAAAGAGACAGCGCCGCCCCAGGAAGCUGGGAAUGCACAUCAGAUGGUCCAAGGGGCUGAGGCGACCGACGAGCGUCCUUUGUCACCUGUUCUACCACCAGCCAUGGCAGCUGGGCCGUCUGCUGGGCCCCCUGCUCCAGCUACGCUUGCUCCACGGUCGGGUUCACCCUCACCUUGCCCUCCUCCAGGCGGUGGCAGCCCUGGUCACAGGUUGGGUGGUGUGACCAAUGAAGCGGUCCAUACAGAGAGUGAUGCAGAGAGCCUGCGGGGGGAAGAGGAAGAGGAGGAAGAUGAGGAAGAGCAGCUGCCAAGGACAAACCUGCUGCCUGAGGCGUGCCCCUCCACUUCAGUUGCUCCUCCCACACAGAGUUAUGCAGAAGGAGACCCCCAGGGCUCCGUGUCUGUGUCUGCUCCAAAGGUGGCCAUUCCCCCCUCAGCGCACCACUACUGCUUCUCCAUGGACCUGCGCAGUGUUCGCGACCUCAACACAGGCUUCCCAGUCAACUGCACCCUGAGAUAUGCGUACCAGUUUUUUGGCAGUGCCGCCCCCAUCAUGACCAGUCCCCCGGUGGAGGUGAAGAGGGGGACGGAGGUGUUCCUGCCCCAGUCCUACUGUGCCUUUGACUUUGCAGCACUGCCACAGCAACUCCAGGACACUUUCCUCAGGGUGCCCCUGGUGGUGGAUAUGUGGCAUAGGGACGUGAGCUCCAGGGACGUGCUGCUAGGCACCGCCAGCAUCCAGCUGUCCCACCUGCUCACCGCCGAGAGGAGGCGCUUCAUGGGGCCCGCUGGACAGCAGCACUGGAGGCAGAGCCACACACAGAGACUUGCUGUGCUUAAAACACAUGGAUCCAGUGAGAAGGUGGCCGAGCUGAGUUACGUCACCACCUUGGAGGACCUCGGUCUUGUCAGAGACAAAGACAUCCUCGUCUCUGAUUCUUCACUGAGUGGAAAUCCAGUCCAGCCGAUUAGCGGUGGUGCGGUGGCGCCCCCUGCUGCCUCUCAUGGUGGUUUGACUGAGCCACGGGAGACGCCCGAGUACAGAGCUGCGCUGGAGCUGGAGAUGUGGAAGGAGAUGCAGGAGGACCUGUUCGAUGACCAGCUGAAGAGGAGGGAGCUGAGCCACAUGCAGGCGCUGGCUGAGGAGUGGAGGAAGAGGGAUCGGGAGAGAGAAGCGCUGGUCAAGAAAAAGGAGCAAGAGUACAACCUUUUAGAGGAGCAGUUACAGAAGACGCUGGCUGAGCUGGAGAAGAGAGAAAAGAACUUGGCCCAUGCUGAGCUAGAGACACAGCGGCUGCAGCGUGAGCUUCGUGCGGAGCACGAGUUCUCGGUGCGCGAGGUGCAGAACAGCGGGCGACGACUGCGCGAAGACUGCGAACACCAGGUGGAGCUAGAGAGGGCCAAGAUCCGACAGCUGGAGGAGGAGAACGCACGGCUACAGCAGCAG